AUGCCUGGUAUAGUUGUGUUUCAACGGCGGUGGUCCGUAGGAUCGGACGAUCUCGUAGUUCCUGGGCUGUUCUUGCUUGUCAUACAUUUCAUAUGGCUCGUCGUGCUCUUGGUGAUGACGCUAACAUUCCAUUUUGACCGAACGGAACAUUGCAUUCUACAGCUUUGGUACUUCCAGCUCGGUUACAUGGUACUGCUGGCAGUAUGCAUGUGCUUGGAGCUAUCCAUUUGCGUCAUUUCAAUGCGUGGCAGCAUCCUAGACACCGAGCCACGUGCUUCCAUGCAGUACCUUCUGUACGCUCGCGUGCUGCUAAUGCUAGUCGACAUCAGCCUGCUGACGCUAGGUAUCAUUUGGCUACGAGACAACUACAUCACGUGUCCUGCGGAGGAACCAAAGGAGGUGGUGUUGGCCGCAAUCGCCUGCAACCUGUUCGUGAUUCUGAGCAUGAUCACCACCGUCUGGUGCACGUUCGAUCCGGCCGGUCGAUCGUGGGUGAAGAUGAAGAAGUACCAACGUUCGAUGCGAGAAUCCGAGUCCCGGUUUAACUACAAACGAAGUGGCAGCCGUAGUCGAAACUGGCGUCAGCGAAAAGUGAUCCGUGCUUACCAGGAUAGCUGGGAUCAUCGGUGUCGGUUGCUGUUCUGCUGCAUGGGCAACAGCGAUCGUAGUCGCAACUCGUUCACGGACAUCGCCCGGUUGUUGAGUGAUUUUUUUCGCGACCUGGAUGUAGUACCGUCGGAUGUGGUGGCUGGUUUAGUUCUGCUCCGGAAGUUCCAGAAGCUCGAGCGCGAUGUUAUAGUCCGACAGCAAAAAAAUGGCACGCAUAAGUUUUUGUCUGGUGUACCUAUUACCGCAACUACCCAGUUUCUAGCACUUAACGAUUCCAGAGAUUACGAUCAUUUCCAGGCGGUUAUUCGCUACAUGUAUUUCGCGCUAGGUGCAUAUGGCUGGCCCAUGUACCUGAUGAGCCACUCGAGCACCGGCGUGUGUCAAUUGGCUUCCGAAUUGCGAUACUGCUUUUGCAGGCGUAACACCGUUGAUGUUGUGGAUGAUAAUUGCUGCUUCUGCAACUACGCUGCAUUAAAAAAGAUGCUCGAGUUGGGUGAGGUGGAGGUGAUCUAUGCAACAUAUCACGUCGAUAUCGCCGAAACGCCUUUCUUCGUUGCGAUCGAUUACAACUAUAACAAAAUCGUCAUCAGCAUCCGGGGCACGCUCAGCAUGAAGGAUGUGCUUACCGAUCUGAACGCGGAAGGCGAGCCGCUUCCAUUAAAUCCACCUCGCGAGGACUGGCUUGGUCACAAGGGCAUGGUACAGGCGGCUAUCUAUAUCAAGCAGAAGCUGGAAGAAGAGAACCUCAUCCAACGUGCUCUUAAACACAACCCUGCACGGGGAACGCAGGGUUUCGGCCUGAUACUGGUAGGCCAUUCGCUCGGUGCCGGUACAGCAGCCAUUCUGGCCAUCCUGAUGAAGCAGGAGUACGAUGUGUUACACUGUUACAGUUACUCGCCACCGGGUGGGCUUCUAAGCAUGCCCGCGGUGGAGUACAGCAAAUCAUUCAUCACCUCAGUCGUGGUGGGAAAAGAUGUUGUGCCACGGAUCGGGCUCUACCAGAUGGAAGCUCUGCGAGCCGACCUGAUCAACGCGAUUCAGCGCAGCAUCGACCCAAAGUGGAAAACGAUCGCCUGCUCCGUGAUCUGUUGCUGCUGUGGCCCCGAGCCAACGUCCGUCAUGAUGAUGUCGACUAAGGACUCGAACGUCCAGCGGUACAAACAGGACCGCAACAGCGCCCGCCAGAGCACUGUGCACCCAAACGACAACUCAAUCGCACUAACUCUGCAUCAUCCGCUUUAUCCGCCCGGUCGUAUCAUACAUAUCGUCCGACACCAUCCAGUUCAAGAAGAACAAAUGCUGAAAAAACGUGAUCCUGUGUAUCAAGCUAUUUGGGCUGACAAUAAAGAUUUCGACGAAGUUCUUAUUUCACCGGUCAUGAUUCAGGAUCACAUGCCUGAUACGGUACUGGCAGCUCUCGAGAAGGUCGUGGCGUCGAUCGGGCCACAAAAACCUCAUCGGCAGUUCAUCAGUGCGAACCGUCCGAUCCCGCCGGAUGCUGGCGACGGCUCAGUGGCCACCGGAGACCAGCCAACCGUAAGCGAACCCCCACAACCCAAUCUCGCCUCACCUGUCGCACAACAUAAGAUCUGUCUGGAAACUUCUUUCACCAACAUGCAACUGCUGCAGCUGUACCGCGGCGAGUCCUUGCACCCGUCAGCAGCCGGUGGUCAACCGCCCGCGGACGUGUCGAAAGCCUCCUCAAUCGCGGACAGCGUGCUCGGGCAGCGCAGCGCCCAGUCCAGCCUGGUGGACGACAGCGGCAUCCCCAAGAGCCUCUCCGGACCGAGCGAGGUGACAACUGUGAUCUUAGCGGAAGUACAAAACGCGGCAGCGCCGGCACCGGCGGCCGCCACCCGUGUUCCUUCGGUUACCAGCGGCAGCGCCGGGAAGACGUUGAAUUUUAUCGCCUCGGCCAAUCCUACGCGGAACGAUAUGUACCUCAUGUUUCAACCUACCACACCGGCCGGCUCGGUGCCCCAGCCGCCGCUGUUCAACCGCUCCGACAACCUGUCCCUGGGCGUUACCCGGCGCAACUCGUACGAGGUACAAAAGGUGGACCUGAUACACGACGAUUGGUUCGGUAUGGCGCCGCUCGCCAGCCCGGAAAGCCUGUCCGAGCUGUCCAGCAUCAGUUCGCGCGCGAGCAUGUCCAUCUGCAUGGCCGGCGGGCCGGAUAAGGGCAUGGAAAAUGGGAAGGAUCCCCGUGCGGGGCGAUCGCUCGAUCGGAGUGGUGAUCUUCUUGGUGCCGAAUCGCAACUCCACACACCGAAGGUGCUCCGGCGGACACCGAAAGUAAGCGGCAACCUGUCCACGUGCGCGGAAGACGCACGCACCAUCUACCAGUACAAGCGGAUGGGGAAAAUCUUCGUGCUCAACCACCCGUCGUCAGGAUCAAGCACCACGCUUGACAGCUACGACAACGAACAGGCGGCUGUGAAUGUGCAGGAAGAGAAUGGUUUGCUUGCCACCAUUAGUGAGAAGGACAUUCCGCCACUCGCAACCGGUGUGACGGAUGUGUUCGCUGAUCCAAGCAGGACUAUCAAAAUGGCAGCAGAUGCGAGUGGUAGCGUCAGCGAGAGCACGGGAACAUCCGCCAGUGAUGCGGGUGUCCUGGCGACUCGGUGUACCUCGACCUGCCCAACGUGUCCGUGUCGCAGCGCACCUUCCGGAACGUGCUGCCAGAAGUUCAACCACCGAGAGUGUUAUAACUACAAAUACACGUCGUUUAAUGUCUUCAAGUUUAGCAAACCAAGUCAAUCGGCAGCGCCACCACCAUUCCGGACAGACAAUGAGGACAAUAAUAAAGCUUUUCCCGGCCAAGCGAUACCCGCAGCAGCGUCUGGCUCGAUCAAGGCCGGUCUGCUGGAGUCGCACUUUCCCGUCUUUUACGGGAAAGGCGACAGCGACGAGACUGGCCCCUCGAAGGACCUUGCCGAGCAGGCCGGCUCACCGCCGCUAACGGCCAGAUCCUGCAAACCUCUGGUCCCGAUCAAGUUGACAGCGGCUUGUGAACCUACAGCCGGUUAUGGCGGUGUGCCAGAGACGCGAAGUGACACGUUGCCGCUGCUCGUGAACCUCACGGAACACUCCUCACCGAAUGGGGGUUUUGGUAGGAGGAAAAACACCGUCCACCCGACGGAUCGGAAAAUUAUCGUCGUUGAUGGGUUCAAUCCGGUGGGUGGUGGGGAUGGUGGAGAGUCCCAGGGUGCCACGGUUAGUUCGUACACCUCGCUAACACCAAAACACCUGCAACAGUCGAGCAAAAAUGAGAGCAACGUGUAAUGCGCGCGCGCGGCCAUCUUACUUCCGAUAGUGAGUAGUGAUAUUACAUUACCUCCGGCUCUGGUAGAAUGCGAUUGUGUUACACUUCUACCCCUAAAAACCUCCAUCAUUUGGACAGCAGGCGCUAUGCGCGUGCAGUAACAUGUUUGCUCAAACGGAUCACGUGGGACCGAUUGAUAAGUGUGCCAAAUAUUGCGCCGCUCGUUAGACGAUUUAUAACCUGUACGUGGCCGUGGCCGCAAAAUCUUACUCUAACUU